GCUUUAUUCACAUUGCCAACAUUACACUCUGCUAGUUGGCUAAUGGCUAUCAGUGUCGGUCGAUACUGCGGAAUAGGUGGCAAACUAAAUGGGUUUACCGCGACAAAACAAUGUCGCCUAUUUAGGAAUCACAAUGCCAUUAAUCGCAGCCUGAGAUCAGAGAAGUAGACUAUGACAGACAUUCACAAAUCUGUUGAGUUAUAUGUUUACUCGCAGACCGAUUGUUAUGAUUUUAGCUAAGCGUGACGUGAUCCUGUGUGAUUAAAGUUGAGCAACAGCGUUCAGAUAAUCGACCAGGUCAGUGUACCAAGAACUCCAAACCGACUCUGCAGCAGAUCAGUUCGUGUUUAAUCGUGUGAUUUGUAAGGAUAGAUACAUACAACUGACUAGCUAACCGGCUAAUACACCAAUCCAAGUAAGAAGUGUCUGCUGGCACCAGACAUCGGCCGAUUGUAACGUUACAGGAUUUGUUGUUAAACUCUAAAGUGAUCCUCGAACUGAAACAGCGGUGUAUCUUGAUCUGAAAUGGAUGACUUCAGCUCCAUCAGUCUGCUGUCUCUGGCUAUGCUAGUCGGCUGCUAUGUGGCUGGAACUAUUCCCCUAGCUGUCAACUUCUCUGAGGAAAAGCUGAAGUUGGUGACAGUGUUGGGAGCCGGGCUGUUGUGUGGCACUGCACUGGCUGUCAUUAUUCCAGAGGGAGUUCAUGCACUCUAUGAGGAAAUGCUGGAAGGUGCGCACCACCAUGGCCACGGGCAGGUGGAGGCCGAAGUUUCUGAACAGAAGGUUGUAGAGGGAGUCGUGGUGCAGAGCGGUGAACACGGUCACAGUCACGAGCAGCUCCACGCUUAUAUCGGCGUCUCUCUUGUGCUGGGCUUCGUCUUCAUGCUCUUGGUGGAUCAGAUCGGCAGUUCUCACAUGCACAGCAGUGAUGAUCCAGAAGCAGCAAGGACUGCUAGCUCUAAGGUCACCACCACACUUGGAUUGGUCGUUCAUGCUGCAGCUGAUGGUGUUGCUCUUGGAGCGGCUGCGUCCACGUCUCAGACCAGCGUCCAGCUCAUUGUAUUUGUGGCCAUUAUGUUGCAUAAGGCUCCUGCUGCGUUUGGACUCGUCUCUUUCCUCAUGCAUGCAGGUUUAGAAAGAAACCGUAUCCGGAAACAUCUAUUGGUCUUUGCCUUGGCUGCUCCUGUUUUGGCCAUGCUCACCUACGUAGGACUCAGUCAGAGCAGUAAAGAGGCACUUUCUGACGUCAACGCCACUGGCGUGGCCAUGCUGUUUUCUGCCGGCACCUUCCUGUACGUUGCCACGGUGCACGUCCUCCCGGAAGUGGGCGGCAUGGGCGGCCACAGCCACUCGCCCGGAGGCAGCGCAGGGAAUGGACUGAGCAAAGUGGAGGUUGGAGCUCUGGUUCUAGGCUGUCUGAUACCUCUGGUGCUGUCCAUCGGCCACCAGCACUAGUGUUCUUCACUUGAAGCAACAUUGAAGGUCUGAAAAGUGUAAACGGGACUUUGAACAGAAUUGGCCACAGAUGUGGUUUGAAUCAUGCCUCUGUCAGUUUAUUCAAGUUGUCAGUUGGAGUGAACGCAGGAACAUUGCAGUCGGGAUCAAGAUUUGAGAAGCGCCUAUGGACUUAUAGAAUGGGCUGCCCUGUCUCUCCAUAAAGCCCUGUGGGCUGACAGCUUACGAUGAUCAUACACAAAUAAACGUGAUCAUGUGUCCAACUCUUCAUUUUAUGUUUUCUUCAGUGGUGCUGGUUUAAAAGAUUCGGUUGUUGGUGAGUAGUCUUGAAUGCUUUAAAUUUGGUAUUCUAUUAGUUUUUAUAUUAAAUAUGUCCAUGAAUCUUUCAUUCACAGUGAUAAAAAAAAAAGUUUAGAUACUUUACAAACAUUAAAGUCAUAGUCCUCGAGUAAUUAUUUUGAGUUUGUCUUUUUCUACAGUAUCGAUUAGCUAUUUUAAACUUUUUGAUCAAAUUACACCUUGCUUAAGCUAGUCAGUUAAAACUGUUUUCAUUAAGAACAUUUACAUGUUUUCUUUGUUUUUACUCCCUUGAUGUUAUACUAUUUGUUUUAAUGUAGUUUUAUUAAUGAGAUAACAGUUUUGCUCUGUAUUCCAUUAAUAAACAUGCUUCUGAGUUAAUAUGGGAACAUACACCGAUGUACGGGGCUUUGUUUUCCCCCUCACACAAACUUGGCUACUGAUAAAAUUGUUCUCUGCUUAUAAACUACAGUAAUUUAUUCAAAAAUGUCAUGUAUAUGGUUAUUGG